GGUUGCUGAGAUUGGGAGGUAAUCGCUGAUUCAGGUGUUCAACUUUCCGGCAAGCGGGGUUUUUCCGAAACGUUGGGUGACCCAAGAGAUCCGAAAGUACAGUCAAGAUGGUCGUGGGAGCCUUUCCGGCCGCCAAGCUUGGCGUGCUCGCAAUGAAGCAGAUCUCCAAGCCGAUCGCCAACCUCCUGAAGGAGCGGGCAAAGAACAGCCCGUUCUUCAGAAAGUACGUGUGCAUGCCGCCGGCUCAGUUCUACAACUGGAUGGAGGUGAAGACGAAAAUGUGGGCCCUGAACCUCGGCAAACCGACCACGGUUCCGGUUCUGAAUGAAGCGAUGGCCAUAGACCUGGGAGCGAAUCUGCUCGGCGAGAUCAUCAUCUUUACCAUCGGUGCCGGUUUGCUGUUGUUGGAGUAUCAAAGGCAGGUGCGCAAAGAAUCGAACAAGGAGGAGAUGGUGCUGCAGGAGAAGCUCGAACUGCAAGCCACCAUCAAUGAGCUGAUCUUUCAGGUGCAACGACAGGAUACACAAAUCCGUGAGAUGGCGAGGGUUGUGGCGGACCUAGAGUCAAAAUCUUCCUGGAAACCUAAGAUACUCGAUGAGCUACCGUUUACUAGGAAAAGUAAAAGCGAACAGCCCCUGUACAUCCCCGCAAUACCCGAUGUGAACGGUGAAGGGGCCGUCGAGUCCGGCAACAGUGGUAAUGGCAGUAUUCUUUCCAAAGCGCUGGAAAUAAUCGAUAAUGAAGUUUUUUAUAGCGACAGCUCAGCCAACGAAGAGCACACGGAGCAACACCCCAAGCCAGGCCUAGUGACGCGUAGCGUAUCCUACUUUCUUAAGCUAAAUAGUCCACCAAACUCUUCACUGCCGACGAGCCGAUGAGCGCAGGAGUAGUAGAUUCUUUCAAAUCCGUAGCAAUACCUCUGCGGCAAGUCACAUAGUCGCAUGUGGUUUUCAGUACACGUCGAACACUUUGUACGUUGGUUUUCGGAUGUUCUCUUGCUACUGGCUCUAGUCUUACUUUUCAUGACGCUUACGAUAGCGAUUCGUAACAUCGAACCUCGACAAGAGCUGGUUGAUCGUCUCUUCAGUUUCUAUCUACAUCUGCACAACAUCUCGGUCUCGGUAUCAUGCUGACUCGGCUAACCGGACAAAUACUUAAUUUAGUUGGCAUUUAAUACCCGAUUCAACCAGCGCGAUGAAUCUUUCCCGUUAGGUCUCUCGUAAGACCUUUUUUUUUGUUCCGCUCGAACUAGACCUUUUUCCUUUUUAUGCUCAUAAAUAUAAGCUGAAAAUGUUCAACGUGCAUCAUGGAGCCACUAAUCGUUUGCCAACAAUUCGCUGUGCUUGCGUUGAUAAGGUGUAGGAUGUGGUUUUUGGUGUGAGCGUUGUCGCAUCACUUGUAUAUAGUUUUCAGUUGUUGCAAGUUAGAAACAGAGCUGAAUGGUUAUAUGAAUAAAAGACAAAAUGUACGCCGUA